AGAGAGUCAGGCAAGACUUGGAAGAUGAGAGCAAAAGACUCACAGAAAAGAUAGAAAGGGUUGAUGCAAUGAAGAAUACCUGGUCAAAGGAGGAAGCCGAUCUUAAGAAAACAAAACUGCAGCUACAACAAGAAAAGUCAACCAAAGAAAAUGAACUACUGGAGCUGAGGAGACAACAGCAGCAAAAAAGUGUGUUCCUCAGCAAGGAGUCUCAAUUGCUGUCACAGAAAGCAGAAAUUGAACGUCAGAAAAAGAUGCAAUUGGGUCAUGAGCUGUCCCUUUUUUAAACCAAAAUUCUUUCGGAAAAAGAUGCCAUUUAUGAGAAGGAAAGAAAUAUUAGGGAGCUGCAGUCUCGUGUCAAUCGAGAAGAACGCAACCAAGAGACACAGAUGAGGGAGACAAAUGUUUCCACAAAAAUUUCUAUCCGGGACCCCGAUACGGGUAAAGAAAUGUCUCCCUAUGAAGCUUAUAAAAGGGGCAUCAUAGACAGGAGUCAAUAUAUCCAACUGCAAGAAUUAGAGUGUGACUGGGAAGAGAUUUCCACCAUGGGUUCCAGUGGUGAAAUUUCUGUCCUUUUGGAUAAGAAGAGUGGCAAACAAUAUUCCAUUGAGGAUGCCCUAAGGACCAAGAAAGUCACCAAAGAAGAAUUACAGAUGUACCGUGAUGGCAAGCUCCCUAUUUCUGAAUUUGCCCUUCUGGUGGCUGGAGAAAAGCCCCCAUCGCUCUCAAUUGGUUUAAUAAUUGGACCCAAACCCCCAACUUAUACUCAGUCUCGCAGCUUAUUCACACAGAGUGCUCCCAAAGUGUUUCACGAUGACACCUUCCCAAUUGCUGGCAUAUAUGACAAAAGCACAGACAGCAAAUGCACAAUCAGAAGUGCGUUAACAAGGAAAAUACUAGAUGCUGAAACUGGUCAGAAGAUGCUUGAAGCCCAGGCAGCCACUGGUGGUAUCAUUCACAUUAUGAGCAAAGAGAGAUAUUCAGUUCAUAAAGCUAUAGAGAGGGGCCUGAUCGAUAGCAGUAACACACAGAGUCUGCUCCAUGCACAGAAAGCCUUCACAGGUGUAGAGGAUCCGGUUAGCAAAAAGCGAUUAUCUCUUGGAGAAGCUGUUCAGAAGAACCUAAUGCCUAAAGAGAAAGCUUUACCAUACUUGAUUGUCCAGCAUCUCACAGGAGGUCUCAUCGACACAAAACAAACAGGCCGAAUCCCAGUUUUUGAGGCAGUAGAACAGGGUCUGGUGAGAAGGAUCUUGUUGACCCUGUCACCAAGGAGAAAAUAGAUUAUAAAGAAGCCAUUUCUCGAUGCCA